AUGAAUCAAAAAAAUACAAUCGUCCCAGGAGUUGAGGCAAAAUUGUUGUCAGAAUAAAGUGAAUCAGGUUUAUACAGUGCGAAAAUUAACAGUAGUAAAUCGAUAUUUCAAAAAUCAUCUCCUUUUUAUGCUGAUGUUUAUUUCUUCCAAACAAAUGGUAAGAAGCCUUUCAAUUAUGAAAAAAAGAAUGAUUAUGUGAAGAAAUUUACUGAUAAUUUGUUAGAUCCUGUUCGCAAAACAAAAAAAAUAAAAAAUUUUCAUUUGUCAUUAAUUGGGGAUAAGGGGUCUUCCGAUGAGAUUUUUUUUUAAAGAAAGUCAUCUACGCUUUCUCAACUAAAUCAGAAAUAACUAAGGUUUUUUUAAAAGCUUCAAGAAGCAUUAAUGCUUUAACUCGAAAAACUACCUUUAAUACAUCCUAGUUAAUAUAUGAAAAUGAUAUGGGAUAUUGUGGCUGUUACUGCAAGAUUAUAUUUUUUAUACAUAAUCCCUAUUGAUUUAGCUUGGGUUCAAUAGCAAUUCAUAUUCCAUGAUUUUAAAUACAUCUCAAUACUUUUUCUGCUUAUUUUAAUAUUCGAUUUAUUGAUCAGUUUAAAUACAGUGUACUUUUCAAACGGAGAAGCGGUUACCUCCAGAGUCCAGAUUGUGAAACAAAGUCUAUAUAACACUUAUGGUUUAUAGUGGCUAUCAGUGUUUUAGUUGCUAAUUUAUUUCAUAACAGACAGAUUUGUCAAUAUUUCACUUGAUGUUGAGAAUAAUGUAAUCAAUGUAGGUUUGUUGAUAUUUCUGGUUCAUCACAAAACUAUAAUAAACUAUGCAACAAACUAUGAGGAAGGAUUGAACAUCUCAAAGAAAACAUCCUCUUUGUUUGCUUUAUUUAAAUUGAUAGCCUUUUUAUUUUAUGUGAUUCAUUUAUUUUCCUGUUUUUGGUUUUGGGUAACUUUAAUAUACUAAAUUAGAUUGGAAGAUAUAGCAUUGAAAAUUAUGAAGGAAAGAGCUGGAUCAUGGCAACUAACAUGUAUGAAUAGAAAUGGAACACCCAAUAUCUAUAAGCUUUUUAUUAUACAGCAGUGACAAUGUUCACAGUUGGUUAUGGAGACGUGACACCACAAUCUAGUCUUGAGAAAAUUGUGUCGAUUGUCUUGAUUAUGAUUUCAAGUAUUCAGCUCCCCUAUAGUGUUAAUACAGUAGGAAAUAUUAUCAAAGAAAUAUCAGCUUUUUCUGAAGAACGAAAGAGGAAGUUAAGGAUUAUCAAUUCUUAUAUGAAUAAGAGUUCAAUGUCUUUGGGUUUGAAAAUGAAAAUAAGAUAGUAUUUAACAUAUUAUUGGGAAAACAAAGUAGUAUCUUAAUCUGAAGAGGAAAAGGAAAUUAUUGAUUCUUUAUCUGAAUUUUUGAGAUAGCAAUUAAUUAGUGAAGCCCAUUAGAAAAUAUUUGAUCAGUGCACAUUAUUUAAAAUACCAUUUAGUGAUUAAUUUAAAAGGCAAUUGAUUAAGGAGGUAGAGGAAGUGCUACUAACUCCAGAAUAGGAUUUAAAGUCAACUAAUGAUAUAUUACUCUAUUAUAUUGAGGACGGUUCAAUUCAAAUUUGUUUACAAGAAGGUAGAAAGAUUAAUUUAGGGAUUGUUAAUAAAGGGGCUUCCAUUGGGAUUAAGAACUUUAUUAUGGGUACUGAGUCUUUAGAGAGCUAUAAAAGUGUUGGAUUUACUAAGGCCAUGAUAUUAAAGCGGAGAAAUUUUCUUAAAAUAUUACAGGAACAUCCAGAGGAUUAAGAAUUAUUUUGUGCUGUAAGAGAUAAAAUGAUAUUUUAUUAAGAUGAUUAGUACUUUACUGUUACUUGUUUUUCAUGUGGGAAGCAAUCUCAUAAAUUAAUUGAAUGCCCAUUAAUCAAAUUUGUUCCGAAUAAGGAGUUUAUCAUUAAAAAACAUCUGUAUCCUUAGUAACAAACUAGGAAACAAUUUGAUAGAUCAAGAAAAAAAGUGAAUUCAUUAAUUCUGAAUAAAAAGAAGCUUGAAUAAUGUGCUUUGUUAAUCCAGAAAGAUGAACCGAUAUUAUUUCAAUUAUAUAGAUUUGAUCACAUGUAUAAUAUAGAUGAAGAUUAGUAAUUAAAACGUAACAUUAAGUAAACGACUUCAUUUCAGAACAUCAAUCAUCAUCAUCCAUAAAAUAAGAGGGAAAGAUAUUUUUCAAUUUAAGAUCAAACUUAAAAAUUAAUUAAAAAAAAGUUUCAGCGUCUUGUUAAUAAAUUGAUAUCAAUAAAUAAAGUUUAUCCUUAUUUUUUAAUUUAAACGUAUGUUCAAUAUGAAAAGUAGAUAGAAUAACGGUAGGUUAGCAUGACUUUAUAAAUUUUAGAAUAAAGAUGUAAGAAUAUAAGUUAAAUAGCAAGCAAAUAGUUUGCUAAGUAUCAAAUUGAUAUGUCAUUAAUCAUUUAAAAAUUAUCGAAUAAAUAGUAUAUAGACGACUUAGAAUUUGAAAGUCCAAAAGCAUAUAAGUUUUAUUUUAGGAAAGAUAACUUUUCAAUUGUGAAAUAGAAAACCUUUCUCGAAAAUCUAAACAUACUAAAAAAAUUCAUUUAGUACUUUUAAUAUCCUGGUGAUAUAAUUAAACAGUUUAAUCUAUCUUAAGUUGGAUUUUUCUUAUUAAUGAAUAAACGAAAACCAGUAAUAUGUUUUUCGGCUGAUAACGUUGUAAAAUGA